AUGCUCUUCGCCACAAACAAGCCCAAGAUGCCCGAUGGCAGCGGCCCCCCUGGAGAUGGUGGUACACGCCCAUCAUAUGUUUUGUCUCAGCAAGCGACUUCCAUUUCCUCGUCACCACCACUACCAUCACCACCACCACCAUCUUGUUGCGCGCGCUUUUGCGGUUUGCAGGGCAUUCCGCUAGUCCGCCCUGGAUGCGUAUCCCACGACGACAUGGUCCUCCGGGGCGCAGCACUUUGCCGCCCAAUUCGGAAAGUGCUGCUUGUGCUGCUACAAUGGGCUGUGUCAGGGUCCGGUGACCGAAUCCGCCGUCAUUGCAGCAACUCGACUCAAAACUCGCUCUUCGUCGCUCGCCGGAGCACUUGGGGGCUGCCCGCUCCCUACUUAUCAACGGGGCCAAACUCGCAGAGUGCCUCGAGUCUGCCGUGUCUGCCACGGCUCAGUGGCUUUGCUGCGGCUGUGCACCAUUUGGGGGCCGCCGCUUGCACCAGCCCAGGCAACGAACCUUGGUUCACCAUUCACACGCCCCACCCAGCGCCCUUUCUGCCUGCGAGUAUUGCCUUAGCACACGAUGCGCACUUCGACGCCGGCGCUUUUGCGCAGCACUCCCGGUCGACUAAACCAGUCACCCUCGGUGUGACUGCAUUCUGA